AGCACAUGUUCCUGCCGCUGUUCUUGGAGGUUCAUUCCACGCAAGGGUCGAUCCAUCAUCAAAGCACGAGUCAAGUUUCUCCGGAGCUGAAAUUCAAUUACCGUGCCCGUCAUGAAGCACGACUCGUGGACUCUGUCAAAAUUUCGAUGGAGGAAAGAGAAAAAAUCAGAGGUCCCGCCUCGAACGGACAGCAAGGCACCGGAAAAAACGCCUCAACCCACGCUCGUGUCGCAGAUGGACCCUGGAGUGGACCCCACCGUAGUAGCAAGAUACAAGCGCAAUCGCUACAUGGAUCGAAAGUUUCUUCAGAAGCCAAAAGCUGUCGCGGAUGCUGCCCAGGAUGACUUCGGCUCGGCUCUGUUUGGAUCUAGGGUGUCCCUGCGGACCCUUGCGCCUACGGCACCGGAUGCGGCCUCGUUGCACACGACCGCGGCUGCUGCUGCGACCGGCCCGCCCCUGGUGCCCUUCUUUCCUCCGCGAUCAGUGCUACGCGGCGGCUUCGGCCGCUACCAGGGCCCGCUGAGCCAGUGGCAGAUCGCCGCCGACAUGUACAUCGACAGCGACAUCCGCAAGAGGGGCCGGCGAAGAGUUGUGAGCCAUUCGAGCGGCGAGGCGAAGGCACCCAUGGCGCCAGUGGAGCGCGUGGAGCGGAGACCAGACCGGCCACCAGCCGAGCCCUGCCCUCGACGCGAGGACGUGGACCGCGAGCUGGGCCUACCACGGCGCCGGCUCGUGCUCAAGGGACCGCUGCACGCCACAUCAUACGCGCACUGGUAUUCGAGGGUCUUCAGCCCGGCCUCUUCGUCCAACGAGGACUGCUGA